AUGUAUUCAAAUCAAAAUGAUUCUCAUGAACCAAAUACAUUUUGGACAAGAAAUUUUCAAUCACAUACAUCAUUAAUAUUUUCAUGUAUUAUUUUUUUUAUUUAUACAAUUAUAUUUCUUAUUGGUCUUAUAGCAAAUAUAUUUGUUAUUGUUAUGAUUAUAAAACGUCGACGUAUGCGUACAUUAACAAAUAGAUUUUUACUUAAUUUAGCUAUAUCAGAUUUAAUUGCAACAGUAGUUUGUUUACCCCCAACUGCCUAUCAUUAUUAUGAUAAACGUUGGAUAUUUGGAGAAUUUCUUUGUCGAUUUGUACCAUUUAUGCAAGGAACAUCAGUAGCCGUAUCGAUUUUUACAUUAAUGGCUGUUAGUAUUGAUCGAUUUAUCGCGAUACAUAAACCAAUACAUUCAAAAUUACUUUGUACUCCUAGUCGAAUAUUAAUAACAAUAGGAAUGACAUGGAUUGCUUCAUUUUUUCUAAUGAUUCCGCUGAGUCUACAUCAUCGAAUAGUUGAUCCAUUUGAUAUAACAUUAACAGCAUGUGCUGAAGAAUGGCAUCGAAAUAUGAAUGCUCGAUUAGCAUAUGAUUUUCUAUUACUUUUUGUUCUUUUUAUAUUACCAUUAACAUUAAUGACAUAUUGUUAUAUACGUAUAAGUUUUUCACUUUGGUUUAUUGAUGGAAAUGUUCGAUCAUCAUUAUCAACAACAUUAUUAAAUGCAGCACGUUUUUCAACAAUAUCCGAAGAUAUAAUCAAUGAUGUUCGACGAAAUUCCAUACAAAAACCUCGAUCAAUCUAUAUGCAUUAUCAUAAAACAAAUGAUAAUUGUCGUAAUCGACAAAAUUUAGAAGAUUAUCGUUCAUUCUUAAUAUCAAAUCGUCAACAACGAAAUACAAUUUUACAAGAUCAAAAUAAUUAUCGUCAAUCGUCAACAAUUAUGUUAAGACGUUAUAGUGAAAAUGAUUAUACAUUAAAUACAAAUCAAAUACAAUUACAUAUACAAGGACGACCAAUACCAACACGUCAAAGACAUUCAAUAAGUCAAUAUACAAGUGGUUUGAUUCGUUCAAGUGUUUCCUCAAUUCCAAGUCAAAAUAAUCGACUAUCAAUUUUCAAUACUCAACAACGUCGAUCAAUUAUUGAUUUUGAACAUGCUAGUCGAUUUAUACAUAGUCGUCGACGUGUUGUUAAAUUACUAAUUACUUUAGUUAUUGUCUUUUUUAUUACACGACUUCCAAUACAUAUUCUCUCAAUUUAUAUUGAUAUAACAUCAAAUACAUAUUUACCUGAGAAUACAUAUAAAAAUACGACUAAAUCAGAAUUUUUAGAUGAUUCAAUUGAUAUUUAUUCAUCCUAUGUAACAAAUACAGAUAAAAAAAUGUUUCUUGUUCUUUAUGUUAAUCCUAUAUUUCAAUUAUUUUCUUUAUCUAAUUCAGCAAUUAAUCCAUUAUGUUAUUGUUUUAUGAGUCAUGCUGUUAAACAAAUAGUUACAUUAUUUCAACAAAAACUUCGACGAAAUCAAAAGAAAGCUUC